AAGUUCGAAACUAUCAGGAGAAGUCGAAUUUUUUCCGGGAGAGAUUUAAAGUAUCCAUAUAUAUUUCUCUCUUUCUCUCUCUCUAUAUAUAUACACAUGGUUGUAUGCAUAUGCGAGCUUGGGAAAUCUAGGGUUUGAGUGAUCGAUAGGCUACGUUGACGCUAUGAAGAAGAAGCUUGAUACUCGCUUUCCGGCGGCUCGGAUUAAGAAGAUUAUGCAAACUGAUGAAGAUAUUGGGAAGAUUGCUAAUGCUGUACCUCUUCUAGUGUCUAAAGCGUUGGAACUAUUUUUGCAAGAUCUUUGUGAUCGGACAUAUGACAUUACACUUAAGAGGGGAGCAAAAACAUUGAAUUCAUACCAUUUGAAACAAUGUGUACAAACCUGUAACGUAUUCGAUUUCCUCAAGGAUGUAGUCAGCAGGGUUCCCGAUUUAGGCGUUUCAGAUGGUGAUGAUAGAUCUGCUGCUAAAAGAAGGAAGAUUGCUGAAGCUGAUGAUCAUUACAGUGAUGAUGACAUCAAACGGAGCGAUAUGUUGCAGCACGAGACAACGCCAUCAAGUAGCAGCGGGCGAGGCAGAGGUAGGGGUAGAGGUAGAGGUCGUGGUAGGGGUCGGGCAGUAGAUAGAGAGCAGACUACUUUAUACGAAAAAUUUGAAGAUGCAGCAGAUCAGAGAGACGAGAAACAGAAGAAGAGGAAUUCGGAAAGGCUGGAUUCCGGGUCAGAAACUGCAGAUUCAAAGAUUUCUUUAGCCGGUCAGAGCUUAGAAGCAACAGUGAGAAACUUUGAUCUUAACGUGGACUUAAACGAUGAGACUGGGGAUUCCUCGGCAGUACCAGCCGAAGCGCCUUCUCCAUCACCCACCGUACCUUCUGUUGAAACGAAACACGAGGAGGAGUAUCCUGGAUGGUCAGACGUGGAAGGAAUGGCCAUUGAUCCCAUUCAACUCGCGAAUCUGAAUAGAACGACGACAGAUGAGGUAGAGGAAGACUACGAUGAAGAAGGCUAACUGAAUUUAACUCGGCCGCUGUUACUGACAUCCUGACAUGGCAGACAACUAGGUUGAACAAUGGCACAUGAAGAAGGAUUAUAGGAAUCAGAGAACAAGUAGAAAGAACAUAGGAGGGACUCUAGACCAGAAAACAACUUAGGAGGAACUCUAGAUUCAAUUAGGACAAUGUUAGAUGUUACUGUGUUAGUCCACAUAGGUCUGUAUUUAUGAAACUAUUUUGUUCUCUAACAAAUUAAUUCAACUACAAAGCAUCCUCAGCAGUAUGCUCCAAUGUUUUAUAAUUUUCUUUAUUAUUGCCAA